AACCCGAAGAAAAUCAUAAAGCAAUAACCUUUGUUAGCUGUCUCUCAAUUUUCAGCUAAAGCAGUGAGCUAACGGUAAUGGUCAUUAAUCUGUGAUAAACCGAGUGAAAAAAAGGUUCCAUGGAGUUUUUGAUGAAUCCAUUCCGUACACAAACUUACUUAAAACCCUCAAUUUUCAUGCCAAAGCAAGUUAUUAAUCUUCCAUUAGUGAAAUUAAGAGGUCGGCUCGGGUUUCCAAGAAGAAACUUUGCAAGUUUGGGUAAAAAUUCUAGUGUUGGUACUGGGAAAGGUGUUAAUGAUGAUGGAAUGGAAGAUUGGGAAUUGGAGUUCAUAGGGGAGAUUGAUCCAUUUGGUUAUCAAGCGCCCAAAAAGAGGAAAAAACAAGACAAAUCUAGGGUUCUUGAUGAUAAUGGAGAAAUGGAUUGGUGUUUGAAGGCUAGAAAAAUGGCACUCAAAUCUAUUGAAUCUAGGGGGUUGACUCAUAAAGUCGAGGAUUUGAUAAAAAAGAAGAAGAAGAAGAGAAUUGCGAAAAAAGAUGUGAUUAGUAAAGAAAUCAAGGAGAUAGAAGAGGAUUUUGAUUUUGGGGAAGACAGUGAUGACGAGGACCAGAUCGAUGAUAAUGCAAGUCAACUUCGAGAUAUGGUGAGUUCGAUGGCGGAUGGGAUGUUUUUAGAGAAGAAGGAGAAGGCAAUGGAAGAGUUUGUUCAGAAAUUAGCUCAAUUUUCGGGCCCAUCCAAUCGUAGAAAAGAAGUCACUUUGAACAAAGAUCUAGUUCAAUCGCAAACUGCAGAAGAAGUGUUGGAGAUUACAUCUGAGAUGAUAAUGGCUGUUGGGAAAGGUUUAAGCCCUUCACCACUUUCUCCAUUGAAUAUUGCCACUGCACUUCAUAGGAUUGCUAAGAACAUGGAGAAAGUAUCGAUGCCGAGUACUCGCAGGUUGGCAUUUGCUCGACAAAGAGAAAUGUCGAUGCUGAUUGGUAUCGCGAUGACGGCUCUCCCAGAAUGCUCGGCUCAAGGUGUUUCUAACAUUUCAUGGGCACUGUCAAAAAUUGGAGGGGAGUUACUGUUUUUGUCCGAAAUGGAUCGAGUUGCAGAGGUGGCUUUGACCAAAGUUAAGGAGUUCAACUCUCAGAAUGUCGCUAAUAUUGCUGGUGCGUUCUCUACAAUGCGGCAUUCUGCCCCGGAUUUGUUCAAAGAGUUGGCAAAGAGGGCAUCAGACAUAAUUCACACUUUUCGUGAACAAGAGCUUGCUCAACUUUUAUGGGCGUUUGCAUCUCUAUACGAGCCUGCAGACGACUUGCUUCAAGCUAUGGAUACUGUUUUCAACGAUGCCAACCAAUUUAAAUGCUGCUUAAUCCAUGAAACCAAUGAAGAAACCAGUGCAGAAAAAAGUAGCGAUGUUGAAUUUGGAGGAGUUUCUGAUCCUCCUGUGCUCACCUUAAGCAGGUAUCAGCUUGGGAAUAUAGCUUGGUCCUAUGCAGUUUUCGGAGAGCUGGAUCGAAUGUUCUUUUCCCAUACCUGGAAAACAUUGAGCCGUUUCGAGGAGCAACGGAUUUCAGAACAGUUUAAGGUAGAUGUUAUGUUUGCUUCACAGGUUCAUCUGGUGAACCAAUGUUUAAAGCUCGAGUAUCCGCAUCUCCAGCUAUUGAUCGGUGGUGAACUCGAGUCGAAAAUCAUUCGUUCUGCUAAAACUAAGAAGUUUAACCAAAAGACAACUUCAUCGUUUCAAAAGGAAGUCGGCCGUCUUCUUGUGAGCACUGGCCUUGAUUGGGUUAGAGAGUACCCUGUUGACUGCUACAUAGUUGAUGCUGUUCUUGUUGAUCAAAAGGUUGCUUUGGAGAUUGAUGGACCAACACAUUUCUCAAGGAAUACAGGAACACCGUUAGGGCAUACCGUCUUAAAACGGCGUCAUAUUGCUUCUUCUGGUUGGAAGCCUCUAUCAUUGUCUUACCAAGAGUGGGAGGAACUUGAAGGUGAAAUGGAGCAGCUAGAGUACCUAAGGAAGAUUUUGGAAGAGGCUGAACUGAUUUGAGGGCACCUCAAUUUUAUUUUUAUUUAUUUUCUUCGAGAUUACUCAAAAUGUAUGUUUUUUUAAGAAAAACAAA